AGAUGCAAGGGCAUUUCAAGUACUUUUACGUUUAUUCUAGUUGAUAGUUGCAAAUUGUUGUUUAAUUUCCGCAAGUUUGGACUGUUUAAUAUCAAAAUGGUUUGGGUCGAAUUUGACAAGCCCAAGACUGUGGAUAUAAUGGACACCUCCAAUGUUCCUCCAUUUCAGUUGGAAGCUGGCGAUGCCUCCACAUAUUUGGAUCACAUGUGUGCUCUCGAUAUUAGCUCCAGGGCCUCUUAUGUUCGACUUACAGGAAUUAUAUGCACCAUUGGACCGGCAUCUCGGGAACCUGAAAUAUUAGAAAAAAUGAUGGACAUUGGCAUGAACGUUGCUCGAUUAAAUUUUUCUCAUGGAUCUCAUGAAUAUCACGCCGAGACGAUAAAGAAUAUUCGUACGGCUGUUGCCAAUUACAGCAAGAAAAUUGGUAUGAUUUACCCCUUGGCCAUUGCAUUGGAUACGAAAGGGCCCGAAAUUCGUACUGGUCUUCUGGAAGGAGGUGGUUCGGCCGAAGUGGAACUUAAAAAGGGAGAUUUAAUUAAACUUACAACGGAUAAGGCCUAUGCUGAUAAGGGAAAUGCACAAGUUGUCUACGUAGACUAUGACAAUAUUCAAAAGGUUGUCCAACCAGGAAACCACAUCUACAUCGACGAUGGAUUAAUCUCUGUAAUGGUAACAUCUAUACAAGGUUCUUUCGUAACUUGUACCAUUGAAAAUGGUGGUAUGUUGGGAAGUCGAAAAGGAGUGAACCUUCCGGGAGUGCCCGUCGACUUACCAGCUAUUUCCGAAAAAGACAUAUCUGAUCUCAGAUUUGGCGUCGAACAAAAGGUGGACAUGAUAUUUGCAUCAUUCAUACGAAACGGUGGUGCCCUCAACGAAAUUCGUGACAUUCUCGGUGAAGAGGGCAAACGGAUUUUAAUCAUAUCGAAAAUAGAAAAUCAACAGGGCAUGCAAAAUUUAAAUGACAUCAUCGACGCCUCUGACGGUAUUAUGGUAGCCCGUGGAGAUUUGGGUAUUGAAAUACCUACCGAAAAAGUAUUCUUAGCACAAAAAUGUAUGAUCGCUAGAUGUAAUGAUAAGGGAAAACCUGUGAUUUGUGCAACGCAAAUGUUGGAGUCGAUGGUGAAAAAACCAAGACCCACACGUGCAGAGAGUUCCGAUGUUGCCAACGCUGUUCUUGAUGGUGCUGACUGUGUUAUGUUGUCCGGGGAGACAGCAAAAGGAGAUUAUCCAAUUGUCUGUGUGCAAACUAUGGCAAACAUAUGUAAGGAAGCGGAAGCUGCAGUAUGGCAGAAGCAAACCUUUAUCGAUUUGUUAACUAAAACAACGCCGCCAAUUGAUGCAACACAUACGAUUGCAAUUGCUGCCGUUGAAGCUUCAACAAAAUGUCUGGCCGCAGCUAUUGUCAUUUUGACAACGUCCGGAAGAUCGGCGCAUUUGAUUUCGAAAUAUAAACCAAAGUGUCCGAUCAUUGCGGUAACGCGUAACGCCCAAACCGCACGUCAAGCACAUCUGUUCAGAGGAAUUCUACCGCUGCAAUUUGAAGAUGCGCGAUUAAGCGAUUGGUUGAAAGAUGUCGAUGCUCGCGUUCAAUUUGGGAUUACCUUUGGUAAGGCACGUGGAUUUAUAAAGAGUGGCGAUCCAGUCAUAGUGAUCACCGGUUGGAAGCAAGGCUCUGGAUUUACCAAUACUUUACGCAUUGUCAAUGCGGAAUAACAUUAUAACCAAUAGAUAGUGUGCUAGUGUGGUGUUUAAUAAUUAUUAGGUACCAUGUAUUAUUUUUGUAAUAGAGGAAGGUCUAAAAUUAGAUUAAUUGACCUUUACUAAAGAAGUGGAUGUAUUAUAUUCCUUAAAAUAGUGUUCUAAAUUUGAGAAAAUAGAACAAGUUUUGUAUUAUUAGUAAUAUUGCAAGGCAAUAAUUUGUUAUUCUGCCACUUGUAUUUAUGUAUUUAACUCCAAAUAAAGUUCACUAUAUUUCA